UGUUCUUCACUUGCAGUUUGAUCCCAGAAGGUUGGGGGUCUCUUGGGGGAAGGAGGACAGACCUGCAGUUCUGGGACAAUGGGAGAAGUUGGGCGGACAGUGGUGUUCAUGAUGACUUUCAUCAGCUGCAACGCCUUCCUGGAUCUAUCUGGUGUCCACGAGAUCACAGGCACAUGGAUGGGAUCCACCACUUUACCAUGUACCUAUGUGCCUCCAGAAGGUUWCACAGUGCAAACGCUUAGCUGGAGUGUGGAGCGAGAGUACAGCACYGCCACCAUCUUCCGGAGGGAUGGUUCUGGUGACCACAUCUUGCUGUCUAAAUACCAAGGCCGAGUCAGUGUCCCAAAGCACAGCCCAGGGGAUGCCUCACUCCUAAUUGAGAACCUUGAAAUGCCUGACAGUGGACACUACACCUGCAAAGUUAUCUGGAGGUCUAYAGAUAACAGCUUGAUAACAAGCGAGAUGACCACUACAGUUAAAGUUGUCAAAGUGGCAGCCACCAAGCCCAUCAUCAGAGGCGGAGAGCGGGGGCUGACGCUGCCGGCCGGAGCCAGCACCAGCCUGAGCUGCGAGGCCAGCGGGUCCCCUCCCAUCAGCUACCGCUGGUUCCGGGGCUCCCCGGCGGGGAAAGCCGCGCUCCUGAGCAGCGGGGCUGAGCUGGCGUGGCACAGCCUGCGCCUCUCCGACAGCGGCACGUACUUCUGCGAGGCACACAACAGGAUUGGCAACGGAGCCGUGCAGCGCAGCGAUGCUGUGCAGCUGACGGUGACAGAUCUGCCCACAACAACAGCAKCCUUGCAGAGRAAUGUGRGAACCAYARAGGGACACCACUCAACCACAGAUCGGGGUGAGAGCAGUGACAUGGAGCACACAGUGACAGAUCUGCUCCCAACGAUGCUGGUCUCCAGGAUGGACACUGCUCCGGUGGGWCCUUUCACAGACACAGGUGAGUGGAAUCUUGGGCUGGAAAACACCAGAUUUGCACGGGCAAGGGCAGGGUGAUAAACGCCAUCCCACAGCUCUGCAUGUGGCUGCUGUGCUUGUGGCAGAUUUGGCUGUAGGGAAUAAACCCCUGGCAUGCCAAACACYGGACACCAUCCAGGCAGGAGCUGUGCUCUGGCUCCCGCCACACGCCGUUUGCUGGGGGUGUUUGCAGCCUGAAGUUUGCUGUAUGUAUCCAUCCAGGGAUGCUCCGUUCCUGAAGUGUUMAAGGCCAGGUUGGACGGGGCUUGGAGCAAWCUGSUCUGGUGGAAGGUGUCCCUGUCCAUAACAGGGCGUGGAACGAGAUGGGCUUUAAGAUCCCUUCCAAACCUUACUGGGAUUCUGGGACCGCCAGGAAGCGGCUGAACCCCAAGUGGCCUCGGCCCCGCCCUCGGUUAGGAUUUAAAGGCCGUCCAAAGCACUGCCCGCUCCGGGCUGUGCGGCGGGGCCGGUCCCCGUGUCCCCUGGC